AUGUGGGUGGUUCUGUCUAUAGGUUGGGCGACGACCUGUGGUGAAGCUAGCUCGCCGUGGUGGCUGCUUAGUUUGGAAAGUUCUUUGCCACCAGUAUUCGCCUGUACCCUGACUGGGCCCGCGUUCAGACGUCGGACGGUUGGCGACGGUGGAGGCGAUAAUUCGGUUGUCGGACGUUUGAUUCUGGACCAGGCGACACACGCACGACUCGCCAUGGAGACUGUCUCAGACUGUGUACUACAGCGAGACGUUUCCGACGCCGACCUGAUGCUUUCGGAGCUGCAGAGCGUAUAUUUCGGAUUGCUCUGCAGGAGACCAAGUGCGAAGGAGCGACGUACGACAGAUGUGACGGUACCUCGUUUCGUGGAAGAGGUUCCGUCGCGAAAUGUAGGCGGUGUUGGUUUGUUGUGCCUUGUGUCUUGUGAUUUCACGGAUCCUGUCUCGUCUGGCAUUUUGCUCACCCUCUGCGCCAAAAUCCAUCGUAUUACUGCUAUUCCACAUGGCUGA